CCCGGCCUCAGCCAGAAAAGAGAAAGAGAGCACGCGCCGCGCGGAGGAUUGUGGGGAGCAUGGUCUCUCGGGCCACACCAACUCCCCUACAAAACGGGGUGCGCGGAGUGGGCGAAAGGGGAGGAAAGGUAGGCAGGAAGGAGGUGGUGUCGGGGAUGGUGAUUUUAUUUUUAAAAGUUAUAUGGGAUUGCUUGUGAGGAUAAGAUUUAUAGCUCCCCCCACCCGCUUUAUCAUUCUUUAACACACACUACACCCCUCAGAGGCUGAAGGAAUGGAAUACUCCAUCAGGUUAAGUGCGAAACGGAACAGGCAAAGCAUGCUGACGGCGGGGGUGGGGGAAAAUUUGGAAUAGAACAACCAACACGCCUGCGCACGGAUUGCUCUCUCUGCACCGUACAUAAUGGAAUAAAAGCGGCGUCUUUAAUGGGACGAGCGAGCUUAGGAGACGGGAGAGGAAAAUAAAAACCUCUUUCUCUUUCCCGCAUUGGAACAGUCCAAAGUAGAGCUUGGAAGAGUCCACUACAAUGCGAAGAACUGGGGGGGGGAGAGGGAAGAAGAGAGGAGUGGAACAUUCUACAGAGACAGUGGGGUAAGGGCAGACAGGCGAUCCGACGGCGCAUGCUCGUCGCUCGCCGGCGCGCCCUAUCUGAAGGCUGGUAAAGGAGAGAGAGAGAGAGGAGACAAAAGGUGGUGGCUCCCACCUCCCCCUCCCCCAGUUUUCAGCUCCCCCCGCUUAUAACGCGCCCUCGUUUCCCAGGACUUGGUUUUAUGGCGCUUGGGCCGGCAAAGAGCCUCCUUUCCGGCUUCUGGCCCAUACCUAAGAAUUAUAGGACUUCUCAAGGAAUUUCGGAGGGAGCCUCUUAUGGCAGAGGGCCAGGACACCCUGCCCCCUCCAGAAGAAGGAGCUGAAGGGGCAGGCAGCCCCGAGGGUGGCCUGUUGGCUCAGGCAGCGCCAGGGGAGCCCCCGCUGGAGUUGCCAAGUCACCGGGGCCAGGAUGGUGGUGGUGCUGCUGCUUCUGCUGAUGGUGGUGUCAGAAGUGGGCUCUGUGCCUCGGCUCCCUCACCGUUGUCGGCAUCAAGGAUGGCUUUCCGGCGGGCCUACUCCAUCAAGGACAAACUGCAGGCCAUCGAGCGCGUGAAGAAAGGCGAGCGGCAGGCCUCCGUGUGCCGGGAUUUUGGGGUGCCUGGAGGCACCCUUCGUGGCUGGCUUAAAGACGAGAACAAGCUGCGCUGGUUCCUGGACCAGCUGGGCGGCGAGGUGGGCACGCACCGCAAGAAGAUGCGCCUAGCGAAUGAGGAGGAGAUUGACCGCGCCGUCUACACGUGGUUCCUCACCCUGCGCCAGCACGGCGUGCCGCUCUCUGGGCCCAUCAUCCAGGCCCAAGCAGAAGUCUUUGCCAGGCAAAUCUACGGGCCAGAGUGCACCUUCAAAGCCAGCCACGGAUGGUUCUGGCGAUGGCAGAAGCGGCACGGCAUCUCCAGUCAACGCAUUUACGGCGAGGGGGCCGCUGUUGGCAUGGUGGGCGACGUGCCGGCUCUCAAAGCUGAAGUGGAGGCCAGGACUCCUUGUUCAGCCUUGCCAGAUCUGGCUCCAUUGCCACCAGCCUCUGCCCCGUCAGAUGGGGGAGGCUUCAGCGAUGACCAGAUCUAUAACGCCAACAUCACCGGGUUGUACUGGAAGCUGCUGCCAGGCCGAGGCAGGCUGCCGCAGCCCUGCUGCCUCCCACAGCCUUCCUCGCGUCACUGGCCAGGGGGGAGAGACCGGGUCACCGUGUUGCUAGCUGCUAACCUAACCGGCACGCAUAAGUUGAACCUGCUGGUGGUUGGGGGCCUGCGGGACCCUCCCUGCCUCCGCCGCCAUCACCAGGACAAGCUUCUAGCUUGCUACCGCUACAGUCCCAAAGCCCAGCUGGGCCCUGCCCUUCUCCGCCUUUGGUUCUUUGACGAUUUUGUGCCCAGCGUGAAGCGCUUCCUGCGCCAUAACUGCCUCCAGCAGAAAGCGGUGUUGCUACUUAGCUGCCCUCCUCUGUCCACUGGGAGCGGCCCUGAGAACCCUCCUCAGCUCCAGACUCCCGAUGGUUCCAUCCGGGCCCUCUUCCUUCCCAAGGCAGCAGGUGGCUCCUUGGGAGGGGGAAGCCGUAUUUCUGCACCCCUGGAGCAGGGCGUGGUGUCCGCCUUUAAGCAGUUGUACAAGCGGGAGCUGCUGCGGUUGGCUGUGUCGUGCAUGGCAGGAGCGGGCAGCUCAGGGGCGUCAGGGCAGCCUGCAGGUGGGGGCAGCCCUCUGGAUUUUGUUCACUGCUUUCUUCUCAAGGAUAUGUUGCACCUGGCAGGCCUCUCCUGGGACCUCAUCCCAGCCGGCUCCAUCGAGAGAUGCUGGCUGCUUGGCUUACGUGCUGUCUUUGAGCCCCACUCUAGGGAGGACAAAGAGCCAGGGGAGGCCACUGCUGCUGGUGUGGACAACUCAGUCUUCAGUGACCUGACCCACCUGGCUGCCCUUGCGUGCAGGCGCAUGGCUCCGGAGGAGGUGGCCGACUGGCUCCGCUUGGAUGAUGCGAUUGCGGACACAGAGGAGGGGGAAGAGGGGUCUUCUGGCUGUGGAGGAGAGGAGGAGGAGGAGGAGGUGGUGACAUCAUUAGGAGAGGGAGGUGUUGGGACUGAGGGGGGAGACCCUCCGCUACCCACUGCCCAGGAAGCGAUAAAGGGCCUGCAGAAGGCCUUGCACUGGCUAGAGAGCCAGGAUCCCCGGCAAGUUGGGCCACUGAAGCUAGUGCAGCUUCGCUCUUUGAUCAGCAUGGCCCAGCAGCUGCAUCAGACAGAGCCUUCUGACAGAGCUUUGUAAGGAGCAGUUCAGAUCAGCUAAUCCUCUUCUUGCACUGAUGCAAAGUAUCUAAUUUUCAUGCAGCAAUAGGGGGUAAUGCCCUGAACCCAUAAUGAUUGGGAGGUGCUCAUAUGCGAAAGCCUUGUAAGAAGCACAGAACAGGGCAAGUCUUUCCCCUUAGAGGGUGAUGAGCUUGCUAAAGUGGCGUGACUCCAAAAAGCACCAUUAUUCUAGGGCUGUUUGUCAUUGAGGGCUUCCUUUCUUGUGUGGGCCAGGUGCUAAUCUCCCAGUGUGGCAGGAAAGAGGAUCUAAUCAAUGAGUUGGGGUUUCAAAAGAAACUCAAAGAAGCUACUCCACAAUUCUGGGGCUGAAAAGAAAGCAGCUAUUGAGGACAAUGGGGCAGAGGGAGUGGAUGGUACAGACUGUAGGGAGAGGAAGACUGCUCCUAGAACAAAAGAUUAGGUCCUUUGCCUGGGACCUGAUUCUUGCUUCUUCUAAAGGGUGGAGUCUCACUGAUAUUUUUACCUACCAGUUGCACAUAGUGGAUGUUUCUUCUGAACAUUUGUCUGGCAGGAUACCUACAUCAAAUCUUACCACACAUUCAGAGAAAUUCAGAAGAAUUUUUCACCUUGUGAAACAAUGGGAUAGGGAUAAAAUCUCUCCAUGGUGCCUUCAGCCACAUCCCAUGUAAACAAAGGAUCCUGGCCUAAGAGGAGAGUUGCGAUGGUCUGAAAUACAUUAUUUGUGGCCAGUGAACCGUACACUGUUGCAACAGAGAAGAGCAAUUCCAACACUGCCUGAAAGCAAAAUCGUGUCAGGAAGGAGCAAGUCCCAGAGAUGUACUGUGGAAAAGCAGACAGUUGUGCUGCCUCUACCCAAUUCUGCCCACAGUGUCUAACAACUUUAGUGUUAGCCCUGCAUGUUUGGAAACUUUUUUUGGCAGAAUCUCACAUUUGAGGAAAGAGCUGGUUAUUAUCUCACUCCAUAUGUGCUGAUUGGCUCCUUGUUAAAGCUCCUUGUCUGAUUUUGAACAGCAUUUUUUGGACAUGCACUAGAUUGGGACACUUGUGAGAUGCUUAAUAAUCUAUGGGUGACCUCAUGACCAGAGGAGCUAGUGUAACCCUUUUCCCUGUAUAAGCCAGGGCCUCAUGAAGCUCCUGCAAUAUGGAUGCUUUUGAAAUAAAAGCACUCUGUCCGUCCCCCCCGCCCAAAAAAAUUAAGUGAACAUUUUAUGCUACAGAAAUAUAGAUUAAACUAAUUUGACAAAG